UCCACAGCACUCGAGGGGAGAAUACACUCCCACUCGCAUCUCUUGUCUAUAAAAAAUUCUGCUUCUCUUCCAAAGCUCGCACUACUCUUGUGUAUGCCAAUGGCACUUUCAAUGGCAGAACGUCGAGCCUUGACAAGCGGACGAGAAGUCACCUGUGCUUCGAUGUUUGGGUGGAAAACGGAACCCUCCACGCGAUGGACAUGGACUACAGCAACUCCACUCUAACAUACAGCCUCUCCGCUGUAUUCGGCUUCCGAAACGAAGACUACCACCGUGACAGCGACACCGUGGAAAAGCUUGCAGCGGCGCCCUUGUAUGGCGGACAGCAGCUGGGGCCGGAAUCAAGUCUGACGACCUUCCAGCUGCGGUUUCUGGAGACGGCGAUGGUUCCCUUCGACGUGCGGGCGCAGCAGGCUGCUGGCGCUGUGGUCGCAAGAACGUACGCCGACGACGCCGCGCGGGGCUACUACACCAUACAGGUGAAGCUAAGCCUGGGUUUUGGAGGACUCGCGUGGUGCGACUCCACCUGCACCCUCUAUUUCUUUGCGCCAUUGCCGUCCCCAAGAGGUGCUCCCAACAUCUUCGAUGGCGACGAUUGUAGUACUAAAUGUAAAACCAGUGUGUUCCAUGACACCGAACAAGUUGGUAACGCAACUGUUGCCUCUCUUUCUUCAGAGGCUGCUUCUGAAUGAAGUUUUGUGGGAAGCUCCCCCGUUUUCGUUUCAAUUAAAAAAAACGAACAAGUUAUGUGAAGGAAUAAAAUGACCUUGUGUUCCCAA